AUGUCAAAACACGUGGCAUCCGGUGGUGAUGAACUGCUCCCAAAGUGUCAUUGCACACUUCAAGGAAAUCAGGUGCUGUGCAAUAAUAGUGCUUGGGAUAUACUUGAAAAAUUCCUGACAACAUCUAUGUCAUUCUCCGAGACGAACGAUGCACUUGGAGCGUACCUCAGUGAUCGCUACUCUGAAGAUGACUGGGUGGAACCCAGAUGUCUGUUGUUCUCCAGCGAUGCCGACAACACCAAAUCCUUGAAGAACCUUAGGGUUAUCAGGAAGAUGUACAUACCGGACUCACCAGCAAAGUCUUUCAUGGGUAUACCUGCCUCAAGGGCAGUCGGCCGCUUGCCAAAAUUAUCGAAAGCCGCAUACAAGUUUAUCCUUCAUGAGGCCAAGGAGGAUGAUGAAGAUGAAGAGGAAGAGGAAGAGGAAGAGGUCGGUGAAGUUGGUUUGUCUGUGCGGCCGCCGAAGGCUACGCACUUUCCGGGACUGUCAGCCAAACAGAGGUUGGCCGCAACUUUCGACAAUAUGGUGACUCAGUUUGAACAGAAUCCACAAAACUCAUCUCAAGGUUUCAAAGUAGGAACUACUGCUGACUACAUUGCGGCACACCUUCGGAAGAAAGAAUUUCCGGUUACCAUGUCAGCUUGGGUGGCAAGUCAGCUGUAUGUGGUGGCAGACAGCCCCAAAACAAUCACCAAGUCCCUGCCCACAUCUCUCUGUCUUGCCGUGAAAGACUAUAUCCAUAUCACGCAAGAAGAACAUGAGGCCGUCGAAUGUUCACAGUUUGAAUUUCCCAUCCCAGCAUGGGUGAGGAUUAAAAAGGAUAAGUACAGGGGCGACCUGGCACAAGUUUUCGAGAAUCUCCCAAAUGGUGCUGUCGCGGUCUUGAUUGUCGCACGAGAUUUUCCCUAUCCUAUGCCUCGAGGAUCUCGAGCACUUGUCGAGCAUUCUCGCCUCCCGAAAAAUAAAACCAUGGACGAUCUACUUCAUGAUGACCAAGUAGUAGGAUGGAAGUACAAGGGAGAAUGUUACUACAAGGGGCUCCUACUGAAAACAUUUCCCCGCAACCGAUUAGAAAUUAUCGCAUCCCCUCACAUUGAUGACAUUCGGAUACACCUAGAUUCCGAAUGGAACAAACCCUUCCUGAAGAAAACUCUGGUCGCAUUCUGGAAACAGUUCUUGCGGGCGGGCGAUUGUGCGAGGGUCAUCGAAGGCUCCCUUCGUGGGGAGCUUGGUCUGGAAGGAAACAUAGUCCAAAUGUCUGGUGAUAUCUUUCAUGUCUGUCAAAGUGUUACAAACGAGCAUGUCGAAGUGUCAAAAUACUACUUAGAUCUGUGUCCGUUGAAUCACACGCUGAAUUCACACCUGCCGGCACAGCAAUUUUUCGAGCCCCUCGAGUCCGACUCUAUCCAAAUAGGAGAUUAUAUAGAAGUCCUGGAGGGAGAACAUAUGGGGAGACAUGGCAUCAUGAAUUGGUUUGCUAAGGGAGACACUUGUCUCUGGUUCCGGGAUAUUCUCACUGCAGACAGUACAGAGCCUGAUGACACAUUGGGGAGUAUCUUAGUUCCAGCUGGAAUUGUCCAGUGGACGGAUCUCAGAAAGAUGCUUCAAUUCACAAAGGAUAAGGGUUAUGAUGUCAGGCCAGGAGACAUUGUGACUGUCGCCCAUGGGCUGGAGCUGGCGCGAAAGGGGUCGUGCAAAGCGGGACUAUUUGAUAUAUGCAAUGCUGAGUUGGAUUCCUUCAAGAAGGAUAUCGGGCAAGAGGUUUUCAUUAUUGGAGGUCACCAGAAGGGCUUCAGAGCGAUGCUGUACAGUCUUGGCCUGGAGACUUGCACCGUUGCUGUGCACAGUCAGCAGCGCACUACAAUUAAGCUGUAUGGAAAGAGGCUAAAUUGUGCGAUGCUCGAAGGCCCAGAAUUAAUUUCAUUCUGUGACAUGUGGAAAAAAUCAUACUUGGCGCCACCAUGUCGAAGCAUCACCCCACCUCCCGAAAAAGCUCCCUCCAGCUCCUUAGCGUCCAACAUAGGUCCCAUACCCUCGUCAUCCAGCGGAUGGUCCACAUGGUCCAGAAGCUCGGGUGGUCUUGAUGUGACGCAAGACUCUUCAUCGAGUGUCAAUCCCAUCUCGUCUACACACCAGGCAUGGACCAUUGAUCAGCUCGACAUUCAAGACAACAAUGAUGCUAGAGCAGAGAAACUCAAAGACAGCGGCCCACUACCUUGGUUGAGAGAGUUUUCUUCCGUUUUCCUCAAAUAUCACGUGAUGCUGAAGGUCUCGCCGAUAUUUGACGCAUUGCUAUCUAAGCGACUUGUAUCAACCACUUGUCCCGACCCUUUCUGCGGCGAGAAUGGACCUGCGCCCGAGGGUUGCAUCGCAGCAUUUUGCACAUCAAACAGUGCAGGUGCUGCAAUCAAGCACUACCAUAUCCCUGCCAUUUACCUGAGCCCUGCGCCUCCACGCAAGAAAAACCAAGAGUGCAUUAUUCUGAAUGGGUCUCACCGAGGUCUUGUCCGACAUUUAGCAUCAUGCAGCAUCAAAAGCAGUGACAUCAAGAUCAAUAUAACACCUACGCUCAUGCUCAUGUACACUACCAAAUACAAGUUUGAAUAG